AUGGCAAAAGCACUCGUUGCAAGAAUGUUCGUUCAGAUGAUCCUCACCGAACCUCCAUCAGGGCGUAGUGUCGAUCUUCUGGAUCAGCUAUCAAAUGAAAUAUGCCUACUUGCUGACCUCGCAAAUUUUAUCAGGCUGUCACACUCUCAACCUGCAUUUGUUAGUGCUGCUGAAAGUACUUGCAUGACCAUGCUAUCGCUAGUGUCAAAGUUAAAUACCAAUGUGGGCCUUUACAAUGUCUUAAAAGAAGUUGUCGAUAAUAAAACCAUUGUUAAUACGAUGAAAGAAGAUACAAAGAUUGUAGCAAGAUUAUUAUUAAAUGAUUUUGAACAAAGUGGUGUUCACUUGGACGAUGCUACAAGAGAGAAAAAAGUGAAAUUAGAUAUGGAAAUUGUCUCAUUAUGUGAUCAGUUUAUUCAACAGUGUCAUGCACCAACUUUAGUAUCUGCAGAUCGGUGUCCGAAACAUUUAAUCAACAGUUUUAGAAGUAUUUCCAAUUAUGUUGAAGUUACAUAUACCUAUCAUGAUAGCCCACAAGAAGAUUUAAGAGAGUUCGCCUAUAGAGCUUAUAAUAGCUUUAAUUAUCGGCAAGAUGAUACCUUAAAGUCCCUGUUAAAAGUCAGACAGAAUAUGUCGCAACUUGCAGGUUUUAAAUCGUUUGCACAUCAAAUCCUUCUUGAUACUAUGGUUCAAACACCUGAAAACGCGUUAAAUUUCUUAAAGUCGGCUGCAAAUGCAGUUAAACAUAGAGUAGAAAAGGAACUUGAGGACAUGUUAAGAAUGAAGCAAUUGGAAUAUCCUCUAGCCAAGGAUAUUAAACCUUGGGAUGUAAACCAUUUUGCUUUAGCAAAUAAAAAAAUUAGACUUCCAGCAGGAGGUGGUUCAGUAUCCGAAUAUUUUUCGGUUGGCACUUGCAUGGAGGGACUAAAUACAUUGUUCAAGAAAAUUUACAAUGUGUCAUUGGUACCAGUGCGAUGUGGCCGAAAUGAGGGCGUCUACGAUGGAGACGGUGAUGUUUUAGGGUAUUUAUAUUGCGAUUUAUACGCACGCUACAAGAAGUUUUCGUCUUCGGAUUCACAUCAUACUAUUUCUGGAGGAAAGUUACUAGAAGAUGGAUCGUAUCAGCAAUGUUUGCGAGAACAAAAUAUCAACAUGUUACCGGUACAGCAAUUCUCUUCCUUGUUGGCCUUUAUUAGAUCAUUGCCUGGCUUUGAAGCUGUUAUUUUACAAAUUUUUAUGCUGACAGGCACUCGCUGCGCUAUAGAUUUUGCAGAAGUUCCAUCGGUAUUAAUGGAGCGUUUUGCCUCUGAUCAUAGGGUUUUAGCAGCAAUUGGACGACAUCAUGAAACAGGAAUGAUGUUGCCUGAUAAUGUCAUUAAGGAUUAUAUCGCCGAGCAAAAAUGUUUUACUGCGCUGGAUUUACAACAUCAUCUGAACUUAGCUAUAAUCGACCUGACACUGCAUUGUCAUUAUCCAUCAGAUGGAAAUAUAAACAACAUAGUGAACGAAAUUCUUGAAGAGUACUCUGCGAUUCCUUACGUCAAAGGAGCGGCUCCACAUUUACGAUUUGGGCAUUUUGGCCAUUAUGGAGCAAGGUAUUACUCUUACAUUUGGAGCCGAGCAAUUGCUUCUAUGAUAUGGACAGAAUGUUUCAAGGAGAAUCCAUUUUCGAGUGUUAGUGGUGAGAAUUAUCGUCGUAAAGCAUUAGCUUAUGGAGGAGGAAAAAUGCCCAAGUUAAUGGUUGAAGAUAUAUUAGGGCGAGAAAUAUCUAGUGAUGCCUUAGUGCAAGCAUUGGUUGAAGACAUUGAAUCUUAA